AUGAACUCAUCGAGAAAAGACUGGUCAGAGAAGCUGGAUGAUGCUUUGUGGGCUUAUAGAACUGCGUACAAGACGCCGAUUGGAAGAUCGCCAUACUCUUUGAUCUACGGGAAAGCUUGUCAUCUGCCCCUUGAGUUGGAAUACAGAGCUAGAUGGGCAAUCAAGUACCUAAACAUGGAGUUAAGCACAGCUCAGGAGAAGCGAGAAAUGGACCUCCAUGAGCUAGAAGAGAUUCGCUUGGAUGCCUAUGAGAGUUCGAGGAUAUACAAAGAAAGAACUAAGGCCUUCCAUGACAAAAGAAUCACUCCCAAGGAUUUCAAAGAGGGAGAUGAUGUGCUCCUCUACAACUCAAGGCUCAAGCUUUUCCCUGGGAAGCUGAAGUGUCGCUGGUCAGAACCAUUCAAGGUCAAAGAGGUGUUGCCUUAUGGAGCCAUCACCUUAGUGAACAACAAUGGAGCCGAGUUCACGGUUAACGGUCACCGGUUGAAGAAGUACAUGGGAAGUCAAAGCAUUGAAGAAGGAAGUUCAAUCCGUCUCCAUGAUCCACCCCAAGCCUAA